UUGUGUUUUAGUUUUUUUUUUGUUGUGUUGUGAAGUGUUGAAAAUUGCUAGUUAAUAAUAAUCUUGUGUUCCCCCGUGUCAUCAUUGUAGUGUGUGGAAUGUCUGUGAAUUUAGCAUUCGCUUGCAUUGAAAAUUCUGAUUUGUAAUUAAAACAGCUUUUGUUUUGGUGCCUGUUGUGACUAGGAACAAUGAGUGCGUUCGAGGUAAAGGUAACACCGACGCGAUGCAAAAACAAGAGAUUGGCAGAAUCUCGCGAACCCACCGAAGUGGUGAUGGCGCCAUUUUCUGGCAAAUCCAUUGUACUUUUCGAAGGUGUUCCCGUAACAAAAACAGCCAAAAGAAUUCUGCGCAUAAUAAACCCCUCGGAAGCUGAUAUUGAGGUUUCAGUUUGCAAACCAAUUAAUCCCGAUCACAAUAUAAGUUUGGAAUGGACAGAGAACUCUGUGCCGGCACAGAAUGAAAUAACAAUGGAAAUGAUAUGGUCGCCCUUAGUCGACGUUUCGUGUAAGGAAACACUGCAGCUAAUCGAUGAUAGAAAUUUCCGCAAAGAUGUUAUGAUAAUCCUUAAAUCCCUGCCAAAUAAACCAGUGAAGAAUGUGCGCAAAUUUCCCACCAUCUCAUCGAGCAACAAUACCCAUGUGAAAACUCUGCGCCUCAAAUCCCCCACAAGUGCGGCCAACAAACACAGCAGUAGAUUAACACAACAACAACUGCAGCAGCAGGCCCAAAAGAAAAGAUUGGCGGCUACGGCGUUUGAACAAAACAACAAAUCCCAAGGGGGUGUAGUGGUGGCGGUGGCUAACAAAGCAAGUGAAACAAAACCGCCCUUGCCUUCACAGUUGGCAUCGCAAUCGAAAGCCUCCAAUCACAACAAGAAGACAACAAGCGCAGUCAAUAAGCUGGCGGCUCCAAUGCCAACAUUGCGUGAUAAUGCUUCCACAAUGAAAGCCUAUAUGCAGACGCACACAUCGCCGCUCACAGAACGCAAUAUUUAUGCAAAUGAAAAUGAUCAUGUGGUGGUGGUGGCUGCGAAUCUUUCACCACAUAUUCUUGUUGAGAAUCAGCAGCUCAAGGAGAAUGUAAGCCCAUUGGCCUUGUCCAAUGUGUUGGAUAUGAUAGACGAAUUAAAAUUUACUCCGGCCACUGUAACAUUGUCAAGAGCCCCACAAUCACGGCUGGAAAAUUUGGCAUUGUUGCCCACACCAAUGGCUGCGUUGGCAACGCCUAUAGCCUCAUUGCCGCUUGCAGUUACCCCAGAUCAAACGGACAAUGUGCGGGAAUUGAAACCGCGUUGCUUAACCACCGAAUUGUAUGCAGAAGAAGAACAGGCAGCCUCGAAUGAAGACAUCCACAAUGACACCAAAGGCGUGAGCAUAGUCAUAACUAACAAAACCUUUGAGGUCAAACAUUGUGAGAGCUUGGAAAUUUCAGGUGAGCAGUUAAAUUGCUCCAGUGGCACUGAUAGCAGUCGUCCCAACAGUGCCCUGGGCUUGCCUUUGAACAAAACCACUGUCAUAAGCACCACUCCAGUGGCCAGGCCUUUGGAAAUUAUAAGGGAGGAGGACAAUACAAGUCCCACUCAGGCCAUCCUCACUCCUACGGAUGAGCGUUUGGAGUCUCCCAAGGCAGGCACUGAAGAAGAUCUGAAACGUGACAUAAAACUGGUGGGAACUCCGCUGCGCAAAUACUCAGAAUCUAUGAAAGACUUGUAUCAGAAAUCACCACAAGCCGCUGUGCUUACCCAGGGCUCCUUGCCCAAUCUCAAUGAGAUGGAGAGCAUCAAAUCAUUCGAACAAAAUCGUUAUUUCCAACAGGCUACUUCCCAGGUGAAACUCAGCAGUUCCCGUUCCACAACAGGGCACGGAGCAACUUGCAGUGUCACCAUUAAGACAGAAGGCGGUGAUGCCAAUGAAUCUGCGGAUCUGUUAAAUGCCAGCCAAGCCAGUUUAAUAUCACACCCUGAUGUCAUGUUCAAUCACAAUGAAAUUUUGGCCCAAUCCAGCCGUUUCAACUUAAACGAAGUGGGCCUUAAAUACCGCAAGUGUAGUCCAGUGGUUAAUAAAACGAAAAACACAAAUUCCAAGAACCAAACCACCACAACUCCCCCUUCCAGAAUGGGGAAAACGAAACUAAAUACUGUCAUUGAAUCAUCACAUGGCCAUAAAAGAAGAUCCGCGGAACUUUCCUUUUCCGAUUCACAGAGUGUUGAUUCCAUAGUGAGUUCUUGUAGCACCAAAACGAAUUCCACAAAAUCAAGUUAUUCGGCAGUUUCCCCACCCAAACGACAAAGAUUGGACUUAAGAAGCCCCUCUUGUGCAAAUGGGGCAACUUCCAAGGUAAAGUCUUGGGGUCAAACGCAACCCAAAAAGUUCAAAAUGGCCAAAACCUUAUCGUUGGUUAAGAAGCCUUUAACGCCUCGCAAAGCCAAGGAGGAGCCCCGCACUCGUCUCUAUGAUUCAGAGCUUUUCCUGCAGCCGUACAUUAAUCCCGAUCCAUUUGCUGCAACCACAACCUGUGAUCCCUUCUUGGCUUCUACCAUGUACUUAGAUGAAGCUGCUGUGGAUCGUCAUCAAACGGAUUUUAAGAAAUGGCUCAAUGCCUUGGUAACCAUGCCUGCUGAUUUGGACACUGAUUCCAAUGCCAAAAUUGAUGUGGGAAAACUAUUCAAUGAAGUCCGUCACAAGGACUUAAUUUUGGCACCCACCAAAGAGGAACAGUCCAUGAACUAUCUAACCAAUUUUCGCCUGGAGUCUUUGCGCAAGGCAGCAGUUCAAUUGUUCCUGAGCGAGGAAAUGCGUGGACCCUGCUCCAAAGUGGCAGUUUAUGUGCAAAAGAAUGCCAUGCGCAUACGUAGUGAUCGUAAUUUGCAUUUGGAUGUGGUUACACAGAGAGAAAUUCUGGAAUUACUAUUGUGCUUUAAUCCUUUGUGGUUGCGUUUAGGCCUAGAGGUUGUCUAUGGUGAGAAGAUACACUUACAGUCGAAUCGCGAUAUAGUGGGCUUAAGUACUUUCAUCUUGAACAGAUUCUUCCGUGAUAAGUUCCUGGAGCAGAAAUACUCAAAGGCCUACACCCUGUCCGAAGAAUAUGCCGAUCAUAUCAAAAAGUUUACUUUGCAGAAAUUCUUCUUCCUUAUGCUGUUUUUGGAUAAGGCCAAGGAGAAACGCAUCAUCACCCACAAUCCUUGUCUGUUCAUUAAAAAGUCGCCGCACAAAGAAACUCGUGAAAUUCUACUGCGUUUCUCUUGUGAACUGCUGGCCAAUGUGGGUGACAUAACGCGCGACCUAAAACGCCUGGGUUAUGUUCUGACCCACAAACAAAAUUAUUUGGAUGAGUUUGACUAUGCUUUCCACAAUCUGGCAGUUGAUUUGCGUGAUGGCAUACGUUUGACUCGUGUAAUGGAAAUCAUUUUGCUGCGCGAUGAUCUGACCAAACAACUUAGGGUUCCUGCCAUAUCUCGCCUGCAACGUGUAUUCAAUGUUAAUUUGGCCAUUAAGGCUUUGGGGGAAGCUGACUUUCAAUUAAAGGGCGAAAUAACAGCCAAUGACAUAGUAGAUGGCCACAGGGAGAAGACUUUGUCCUUGCUGUGGCAAAUCAUUUACAAAUUCAGAUCACCCAAAUUCCAUGCGGCUGCCAAAGUUAUACAACAAUGGUGGCGCAAUUCCUGGCUGCGAGUUGUUGUGGGCAGGCGUAUACGACGCAAAGAAGAAUUGAAGAGGGAAGCUGCGGCCACCACCAUACAAAAGGUCUAUCGAGGUUUCAGAACACGGCGACAGGUGGCAGCCUUCAAGAAACGGAUAACCCAAGCUGUGGUGGUGUUGCAAAAACAUACGCGUCGCUAUCUGGCUCGUCGCAAAUAUCUCGCAGUGGUGCAACGUGUAAUGCAGAUACAAAAAUGGCUAAGAACAGUGCGCUUGGGCAGAGAAGAACGUCAGCGUUAUAAAAAGAUACGAGAAGCUACAGUGAGCCUACAGCGCCAUUGGCGCAGUAGGCAGGAGGCUAGAGCCCUUAGGCAACAGGCAGCCUUGGAGAAAUGUAAAUAUCAUCAGGAAAGGAAACAGGCAGCCUGUCGCAUACAAGCCUUAUGGAGAGGCUAUCAGGCUCGCCGUGUUUUCUCGCAGACUAUUUCUGCGGUUUUGGCUUGCCAAAGGCUGUAUCGAGCCCGCAAACUCAUGCUACAAGACGCCAGCAACUAUCAACAAUUAAGACAAGCCACAAUAUUGGUGCAAAAACGGUUUAGAGCCAAACGGGAAAUGCAAAGUCAAAGAGAUGCCUAUCAACGUUUAAGAGCGUCUUGUGUUUUGGUGCAAAGCCACUAUCGAGCCAAUGUCUUAAUGCGCCAACAGAGAGCAGAAUAUCUUAGUAUUCGCCAGAAAAUUGUGUUCAUACAGCAAAAAUGGAGAGCCACCUUACUGAGCCGCCGUACCAGAGUUCAUUUCAUUUCUGUGCAAUAUUACACCACGGUGUUGCAACAAAAAUUCCGGGCCCGCAAACAAAUGCGCAUUGAUCGUCAGAAUUACCUGCAUCUAAGAGACUGUGUCAUCAACAUACAGAGGCGCUAUAGAGCCAAACUGCUAAUGCGUGUAGAAUAUCGCCAAUAUCAGGCCAAGGUAAAGGCCAUAGCUGUCAUCCAGAGUCGUUUUCUGGCCUAUAAGAAAAUGCGCUACCAAAGAGCCAAAUAUCAAGGCACCAGAGCUGCAGUGCUAUGCAUACAGGAGCAUUUUAGGAAUUUCCAGCAAAUGAAAGAGGAUCGCAGCAAGUAUUUGACUAUGAAGAAGGCUGCUGUCACCAUACAGCAGGCAUAUCGUUUGCAUUGCAUUAUGAAGGCCCAACAAGGGAACUAUCAAAAGCUGAAGCAAGCGGUUGUCUGCAUACAGCAGAGAUAUAGAGCCACAUUGGCUAUGAGGCUACAAAGACAGCUGUAUAUGCGACAACGUUCCCUAAUCAUUACCAUACAGCAGCGUUACAGAGCUAUUCUAUUGGGUCGCCGUGUAAGACAGCAAUAUCUGCAUACACGCCAGCUUAUCAUGGGCUUACAAAGACGCUUUAGGGCCAGACGGCAAAUGCAAACGCAACGGCAGCUUUAUCUGCAAACCAAAUCUCAAAUUAUACGCAUUCAAACCCAAUUCCGUGGCUUCCUGCUCAUGAAGCGUCAACGCAGUCAUUACCAACUUCAACGUACCGCUGCCAUAAAAAUUCAAACUUGGUAUCGCUCCAUAUUACAGAUGCGCCAGGAACAGCAGGGUUAUCAACGUAUACGCUGCUCCAGCAUCACAAUACAACAGAAAUGGAGAGCCACCAUACAGGCACGCAAUCAGCGAAAGCUCUUCCUCAACACCAUACAAAAAAUUGUCUAUUUGCAGAGAGUCAUAAGGGCCACCCUUGCAAUGCGUGCGACGCGUCUAGAGUACGAAAAGCAACGCCAAGCUGCCAUCAUCAUACAACAACGCUACAGGGCCCAAAGGGAAAUGUUGCAAAUACGCUCGCAAUAUCAAUUAAUACGUUCCCUUAUAAUCUGCAUACAAAGCAAGUAUCGAGCCAAUUUGGAAAUGCGUCGAGUGCGUCAAGAUUUUCUUUUGCUGCGCCGUACCACCAUACAUUUGCAACAGAAAUAUCGUGGAAGGUUGCUGAUGCGUGAGCAGCGUGAACAUUUUGUGCAAUUGCGGACAACCAUUGUGGACUUUCAAGCUCAUGCUCGUGGGGCUUUGGCUCGUCGCCGUUUCCAAGCUCUCAUGACACCAGAAAUGAAGGAGUUGAUACGCCAAAAGAAGGCGGCAAAGAUUAUUCAACGUUUCUGGCGAGGUUAUCGCAUACGCAAGAGAUUGCACAAUGUUCGUAUUAAAGUCAUCAGGCAGAAUAUAGCAUUGCUCAAAGAUUCGACAAAUGCCAUGAAUACCAUACGAUUUAAGGUACAAGAUGCUGUAAGGAUUUUGCGGGGACGAUUUAGUGCAUCGGAGGCCUUGAGUGUUUUGGUGCGAUUAGAUCGUAUUUCUCGCACAGUGCCACACCUCUUGAUGUGUCGUUCGGAUUUCAUAUCGACAUUCUGUUAUGGCAUUAUGGCCCAAGCCAUUCGUUCCGAAGUCGAUAAGCAGCUCAUUAUGUACUGCAGUCGCAUCAUUUUGAAUUUGGCUCGUUACAAUAGCACCACAGCCAAUACUUUCCAAGAAGGUGGCCUAGUUACCAUUGCCCAAAUGUUGCUGCGUUGGUGUGAUAAAGAUUGUGAGAUUUUCAAUACUUUGUGUACGCUCAUCUGGAUAUUUGCCCAUUGCCCGGUCAAGCGUAAGAUUAUACGUGAUUUCAUGACCACUACGGAUGCCAUUUACAUGGUGAGAGAAACGAAAAAACUUGUGGCGCGUAAAGAGAAAAUGAAGCAAAAUGUACGCAAACCUGCGGUGGCAAUUACCCAACGCAGCGGCUCCCAGCAGCAGCAGCAGCCCAACUUUUCGAGUCGUGCCUUGCCUAGUUUAGAGCCAGAUUAUGGUGUUAUACGCAAUAAGCCAUAUACCUUUAUAUCGUCCGUGUAUGCCUUCGAUACAAUAUUGUAUAAAUUGGGAAUUGAUAUAUUCUAAGCGAUUUUUAAAUAGCCACCAACCGCCAUACACGGCAUCCCUUUUCGCAACAUUGUGGGCCAACUGUAUAUGACUUCAUUGUGCGGCCCUGGGUGUUAAUGCCACUCCUGCCAUAGCACAGAAGGUGGAAAGGAAGUUUAGUUUACUUUAUUUACAUUUUGUGUUGUUUUGCUCGCCUCUUCCAUGUUGGAGUGAGUGAUGUCUAUGUUUUUUUUUAUGUGUUUCAAACUAUUUCCGUUUUGUUGUCUCCUUUAUGUUUUAUGCUUGGUUUCUUACUUAAGAGUAUUUCUUUUUUUUUGCUACAUCCUUUUUGUUUGUCCUUUUGCGGCAUUAAAUUCGAAUAUAAUUUUAUCUCUUAUGACUAUUUCCAUACUCAGUGCGAGACUUGGGCUCUGCCAUCUACAGAGCGCCAAAGGGCUCCGGCAAUUAUAAAACGUUUUGCCGGCACAUUUGUGCUGUGUUAGCGUUGGCUUUUAUGUUUAGUGUCUAAUAGAAUUGUGUGUAGUUUGUAAUUUAAUUUUUUUUA